AUGGUCCCUGGAGCCACUCAAACAUUUGAAUGCAAGUGUGGUAUGCCUCUGUGCAUCUGUGUAGUAGCUCCUUCCCAAUCAACCAACCCACCGCCAAUCCGUGCUCCUGUCGCUCUCCUCCCUCAGUCAUCAGAUCCCAAACCAAAGUCAGAGACUUUAGCAAAAAGUAAAGGUUCCACUUCCACCAGCAAUGCUAGGUCUGCUCUAAAUACUGGACUAGACAACCCCCAAAGAGACUAUGAAGUCAAUGGGGAGGGAUUAAGGGAAGCAAUUAAGAAUGGUGACACUGCUGGUGUGAAAAAGCUACUUAAAGAGGGCGUGGAUGCAAAUUACCGUGACAAGCAGGGAAUGUCAGUGCUUCAUCUGACUGCACUGUUCAACAAAACUGAUAUUGCGUUGGUGUUAAUGGAACAUGGAGCAAGCCUUGAGAACAAAAAUGCACAAGGAGAAACACCGCUAGAUUGUGCUCCUGCGACACUGCAAUACAAGAUGCGGGAAAAGAUGGAGAAGAUGAAGUCGUCUUAA